AUGUUUUCAUAUCUAUUUUACCUUUCCCUCGAGGCAGUAAUGGAAAACCACACCACAGUGACUGUGUUUAUCUUAGCAGGAUUGACAGAGGACCCCAAGUUGAAAACUCUGCUAUUCAUCUUUCUUCUUAUCACCUACAUGCUAAGUAUCUCAGGCAACUUGAUUAUCAUCGCCCUCACUUUGCUGGAUCUUCAUCUCAAGACACCUAUGUAUUUCUUUCUUCGAAAUUUUUCCUUCUUAGAAAUUUCUUACACAACAGUCUGUAUCCCCAAACUGCUUGCUAGCAUGGCAACUGGUGACAAAACCAUUUCCUAUAAUUGUUGUGCAGCUCAGUUAUUUUUUGCCUUCCUUCUUGGUGCAUCUGAAUUUUACCUCCUCGCGGCCAUGUCCUAUGACCGUUACGUUGCUAUCUGUAAGCCCCUGCAUUAUACAACUAUUAUGAGCAGCAAACUCUGUAUCCAGUUGGUCCUUAGCUCUUGGAUUGCCGGCUUCCUCAUCAUUUUUCCAGGACUCAUUUUAGGCUUAAAACUGGAAUUCUGUGACUCUAAUGUCAUUGAUCAUUUCUACUGUGACACUUCUCCUCUCUUGCAAAUCUCCUGUACAGACACAUCUUUGCUGGAAAUGUUGAGUUUCAUUUUAGCCUUGGUGACUCUCCUGAUCACUUUGGUACUAGUGAUUAUAUCAUACACUUAUAUCACCAUGACAAUUUUAAAAAUCCCUUCUGCUAACCAGAGAAAAAAGGCUUUUUCUACUUGUUCUUCUCACAUGAUUGUCAUCUCCCUUUCAUAUGGCAGCUGCAUCUUUAUGUACAUCAAGCCCUCUGCCAAACAGAGGAUUUCCUUAACAAAAGGAGUUGCUGUACUUAAUACCUCAGUUGCCCCACUUUUAAACCCCUUUAUUUACACUCUAAGGAACCAGCAGGUAAAACAGGCAUUUAAGGGCAUGCUACAGAGAAUUCUAUCGUUACUUAGAUCAAAUCAUAAUUGA